AUGGAACUCGACGAUUUGAACGCGGCGAUUUCUGGAUUUCAGGAUGGUUCUGUUCUAAGCGCACAGGAGAAAGCACAGUUUGUGCUGGCCGGUUUUGUGAAGGUGCGCCGGGCGCUGUCCGCCGCGGCGGUCUCGGCCGCCGGGCGAGCGGUUUGGGCCGCGGCGGAGCGCCAGGAAGAGGGCACAGCGGCCGAGGGCGACGACGUGGGGUGGAGUGGGCGGCCGAGUGCCUGGGAACGAGGUGAUGUGAUGAUGAAGCAGCAGAUUCCCAGUGAUUUGCUGCAGAACGCAUCUUCCUUGCAUGGGGCGUUGGAUGAUUUGCUGGGUCGGCGCUGGAGCAUGGAAGGCUUAGAGGACCUGGGCUGGGCGCCCAUGCGCUUUCCGGCAGCGCGCCUGCGCUGCCAGCGCCCGAGUGCCAAUGGGGCCUCUGGCUCUGGCUGGGGAGCAGUGGAAGCGACUCGUGUGGAGGCGCCAUGCCAAUAUCACUUGGAUGGCUCCUGGUAUCAGCAUCAUCUCUUUUGUCCACAACAAGCCAUCAUCGUCUGUGUGGUGCUCACGGACACCGCCUUGGGAGGUGCGGGCACCGCCGUGAAGUUGGCCUCGCAUUUCUACAUGGCUCAGUUGUUGGCAAGUGCGGGAGCUGCUGGGAUGGACCACGCCAGCCUUUGCAGCGAAGCACAGGCAAUAGACGUCCAGCAGCACCCAGAGUAUGAGAUCUAUUGCAAUGCUGGGGAUGUGCUGCUCCUACAUCCACAUUUGGCGCACAGCAGCACCACCAAUGUUCGCUUUGGAAGCGAUGUUCGCUUAGCUUUAACCAAGCGAGCCUAUUGGGUCACAGGACCCAGCAGCUCCCUCGGCGGUUUCAGCGGCGUCGCACCGGUGGAGCUGCCGCUGUCGUGGGCGGUCGCGUCGACGAGGACGGAGCUGCCAUGCCUGGUGCGCCGUGCGCAGGAGCUGCUGGCAGAGCGCGCGGAUGCGUCGGUGCUGCCGUGGCUCGAGCUCCAGGAGCUGACCUUCGAGGCUCGAGUUGCGACGGCGCAAGAGGUGGAUGCUCGACUUGAGGUGAGCAUCUCUGAGUCAGAUCUGGACCUGGGAGGCCUGCUAUUGAUGCCUCAGACUCUGGCGCAGCUGUGGAAGGUCGCGGCUGGCAGAGCCACUCGGGGCGUUGGUGCCGGGGACCAAGUGAGUGUAGAACGGGACUUGAACUUCAGCUUUGAGUCUCGGCUUUGCACGAUGUGGUUUGGGCCCAGCACCUUGGAGGGAAAGCGAGUUGCGCCUGACUUCAUCGAGCAUGUGGUGAAGGCAAUGCUAUGGGUGAUGGCGGUGUUGUGGGGGUUGCUGGCACUCGCAGCAGACAGUCUACGUGCCUUGGAGACCUUGUCCUUGAGCUCCAACGAGCUCAGCGAGACCAGCGUGGAGGCGCUGGCCGACGCCUUGGGGGUCGGCUCCUUGUCGGGGCUCCCCAGACAGAUGCGUUCGGCACUGCGGAAACGUGGCGCAGAGCGUUGA